AUGGACGUUUCCGGAUAUGCUCUGGUUGUUGGAGGGGGAAGUGGUAUUGGUCGGGCUUGUGCCAUCGCCUUCGCAAAGGAGGGGGCAAUUGGUGUUCUCAUAGCUGAUAUUACCAUUCGCCUUGCUAAGGAUGUUGUCGGAGAGUGCAAGAACGCAGCAGUAAACAAGGACUUCCUCUGUGAAGCCAUUCACGUCGACGUGACUCGCGAAGACUCCGUUCGCAACCUCAUGGGCCAUGCUGUACAGACUUUCGGACGCAUUGAUUACUGCGUCAACUCGGCUGGCAUCGGAGUUCGGCAAGCGGUCGACAUUGCCAACACGUCUUUGUCCGACUUUGAAAGAUUUCUUCGAGUUAACACUACAGGAAUGUUUCUUGUUACGCGAGAAGCUUCUAUUGCCAUGCGAGCUCAAGAGCCAGUCGCAACCUCUUCUGGGAGAGGGGUAUCACGUGGAGCUAUUGUGAAUCUUGGCUCUGCGUCUUCCAUGGUUGCAAGUCCAGGUGUCCUACCAUACACCACGUCCAAGCACGCAGCUCUUGGGUUGACGAAGAAUAGCGCACUCGAUAACGCGUCAUAUGGGAUCAGAGUUAACUGCGUCUGUCCUUCUUGGACUGAUACCCCGAUGACACGACAGGCCCUGGAAGGCGUACAGGGUCUUGAAGAGUUUGUAAAUGCCGCGGUUCCUAUGGGAGGAAUUGCAACGCCAGAUGAAGUGGCAGAUGCUGUUAUCUUCUUGUGUAGUUCGAGGGCUAGCUACAUUACUGGGAUAGCCUUGAUUGUUGAUGGUGGAACAACGUUGACGGCCAUGAGAUAA